GAAAUGUAUUAGCUGAAUUGAGGGCUAUAAUGUUAAUGUUAAUGUAAAAUAUGUUGGGGCAGGUGAACAAGAUUAAAUGGUAUUCAGAACAUGUGCGUGAGAGCCAAUACUUGCUUCAAAUUGUAAAAUGGAGAAAUACAGAAUGCUGUCGUCCAAGAAGUGGCCUAUUUAGAUUACAAUAGGUUUCUUC